UCAAUCUCUAAUUUGUAUUGCUGCAAUAUUGCCAAAACAGCGUAAAACCACUAUCAAUCAAUCAAUCAAUCACAUGUCAAUAAAAUAUUCUAGAAUUUUUUUGAUAUCAACUGCAGAGUACUUGUACGUACACUCAGUUGUGUUUAACAAAGUAAUUUAUGAUGUACGUGUAGAUAUUACUAUAUUUAAAAGGUAUACAUUAUUACGUUUUAUCUAGAUAAAUUGAACAGUGAAUUACAGCAUCUUCAACUGUUAAGCAUGCAAAAUUUUGAUGCAAAGUUAAUACAUAUGAAUGGUAAUGUGUUAGACCAUACAAGCUGUAAUAGUACAACUCAUUGUUGUUGUUGACAGCAUAUAUUUUUUUUUCAAAAUCGAUCACGAAAUAAUACUAUUCGUUUUUUUUCACCAUUGAUAUUGAUUUACUUGUUCACUUGAUUCCAUGUGUAGUGUUUUUCUUUCGAUUUUUGAAUGUACAUGUAUAAUACGAUAGAGUACUUUUUAAGGUUACAUGUCUCAUGUAAUAAAACAAUAUUGUUGAACUGUUUAAUUCCUAAAUAAUUAAUUGUCUUUUAUUCAGAAUAACAAAUCCUUAAAAACAACCAUUUGAUGAAAAUGAAAAAGAAAUUAUUCAUUUAUAAUAAAAUCAUCAAACUAAAUGAAUUGAUAAAGAAUGAUAAAACCCUUCUCAGUGAGAAGUAAAAUAUUUCCCUCUCGAGGGACCCUUAGUCUUUAUCAAUCUUUAUUGAUGUAAAAACAAAGAGCAUACCCUCUUUGAUGAAAUACUACCCUCAGUUUGUGUUUUAUGUUUAGUAGACAUUCAGAGAAACACAUCGACAACAUUCAACGCUGGCUUACAUUAACAUAAUUACGCUCAUUCAUAGAUCAUUACUCCAGUACGAAAUCAAAGGUUUGCAAGUGUGUGACUUGCUAUCGUCUUGUUUUUAAACGCCCCUGCAUCUAACAAUAACAUCGGAUGAGAAUGAUAGCUGCCUAAUCAACAAAAAUCAACUUAAAGUAAUUCCACCCUCCUGUGAUGUCAUCAGAUUUUGCAAAAUCAAUGAUUUAUUUAGAUUUAUGCAUGAUAGGAACAUAAAUUUUGUUGAAGUUUUUUCCUAUAGUUAUCGUAAAAAAUCUUGUUAAGAAUAAAAUAUUUCAAAAGUCUAAGUUAUAGAUAAAUAAUCAAUGAUACAUUUCAAAGUAUUGAAUCCAAGGGCAAUAACUCUGUUUCUAUUGAAUUCCUUAUAAGGUCUAUUAUGCGAUAGAUUUCCUUUAUUUUUUACAAACAUUUUGUAUAUUUUUGUGAAGAUACAGUUUCAUGAAAUUGUAAUGAAUGCUACUAAUCGUCAUAACCAGUUUGUAUGGAAUUUUGAUAACGCUGUUAAAGGAAAAUUGCAAUUUUGUUUGAUUCUAUUUGUGUACGUCUCACAUCUUAAAAAGUGUGAUGACCUAUGUAUUUUAUUUGAUAAUUUGUUAGUUUUAACUGACAUGAAUGGAAAUAAAUACACAUUUUAAACUUGUAUCAGAUAAAACUGCGAGUAUGGAGUUACCUUAAGUCCUAUGUCGAUCUUUUAAUGCAUCUCAUCUAUUUAAAAGAGAUAUACCUGAACGCACUAAGUUUUUAUUGUGAAUUUAUAACAUGUGAAAUGAAAAGAACAUUUUUGUUUUAUUUUAAUCUAGAGAGGAUGAGAGAGAGAGAAAUGUGCAACGAGGAAAAAUCAGUGGCAUUUUUUCAAAUUAUAUUUAUUUUCAGAUGAAUCUCCAUGGACAAUAUCCAUACAUUUUAUCUUUACAUGACUAUCUGCUUUAAUAAUGAGAAAGUGUACUCAUCACUAGAAUCAUAUAUAUUUUCUGCUAGACGUAUUGAUAUAAUGGAUGGAAACGCUGGUAUGCAUAUAAUCAGUAUUCAAUUCAGCAAUUAGGAGAUAAUAAUUUACAGAAUAAAAGAUCUUUCAAUAAUUGAACAAUAUUGAUAAAUGGAACAAAAUAUUAAAUAAUUUAUAAAAGAAACAAAUAUGAAUUUGAUAUAUGAGACGUACCUUCACUUGUAGAGACUACUGCUGAUGAAUUAUCUCGUAUAAAAUGUUCAAAAUAUAUUUUUGAAACCUCACUGAUCGUCAUAUGAAAAAGUGAACAUAAACAACAGUGAUCGGUCUCACAGAUUCCAAAAAGAACACAAAGUUGAGAGUAGCGUACACGGAUCUAUGGUAACACUAGAGGUGGGAUCACGUAUCUAGGAGCAGUAAGCAUCGACAUUUCACUGGUCACUGCAGCAGUGAACCCUAUAUCUUUAUCGACUAUAUUCUAUUAUGCUUGUUGUCAAGCAACAACAUGCACUCUCACUAUAUGGUGCUUUAACACCAAAUGCGCAUGUUCAUUAUGCCUGUUGUCAAGCAACAAUGUGUACUGUCAAUACAUAGCAUUUUAAGGAUUCAGUGUUUAUCCUGAAAAACACCGGAAAGGAUUUGUUUUUCAUCUAAAAGAUCUGCUUCGAGUAAAAACAGGAAAUGGGACAAAAUCAAAGUGCAGAGAGAGAUUCACAGUUACGAGAACAAGAAAGAGGAAUUAGAAGACUCGAAGUGCAACUAUAUUGCAAUAUCCAAGAAAAGAAUCCACAAAGAAAGAAAAAAGAAAACAAUCUUCAAUUUCCUAUGGGGCAAAAGAGAAAGGAUAAAAAGACAUACUUUAAUUGGAAAACAAAAUGAAGGAGAAAUAGAGUAGAGGUGCACCUACGUACCCAGAGGUGGAAUAGCUCUACAAACGACAACAUCACUAGACCUACUGACUCUAAGACAAUGGAAGUGAGUUCAAUUUCGGAAUUUAAGCACAACAUCAAACCUUGUAGACAUAUCAAAAUCUACAGAAGUACAUUGGACUAUUAUCAUCACGUGUUUAUUGGUCGUGUAGAUGACUUUGGAUGUGACAUCUUUCACUACAAACCUCAGUGGGAAGAAUAUUUCUACGGAAACUCUCCAGGACAAAUUACACGUGACAGGUUCAAUUUCGGUGACACAAACCAGGAGGUUGCAAAUAUUUUGGAUUUCGAAAAUGGUGUUGUAAUUAUUGUUGCACGCAGUGACUAUCCAAAGACACCAGAUGGAAUACAACGUACACUCGAAAGAGCAGAAUCAAGGUUGGGUGAAACAAAAUAUUCGCUAAGUUCUAACAAUUGUGAGUGCUAUGUUAACUGGAUUUUCUCAGGAGACAAUACUUCUCUAGAAUUUCAGGAUUGUGGUCUUGGUAAACGCAUGUUUGCAGGAGCUGUCGAUACGUCAUUGAGUGAUGGAAUUGUAAGGCCGAUGAAACACGGAACGUCCUCUGUAGUAUCAGAGGGUAUCAAGACAGGUCCCUUUUCUUUUCCACCAAAAAGUCGACCAAAGGCAAUCAAUUUUACAAAUCGCAGGCUGUAUUCAUCGUCAAAUAUACGUUCAGAACAAUAUUUGCAAUACAAACAAGUACAUGUAUUAAAAGAGCAAGGAAACAAAUUAGAAACUAUGCUUCUAAUGCUUCGAAAUGCAGAUUUUACAGAUUCUGGUGCAAAAAAUGAGAUCUUCAGAUCGGCGAAGUCGUCAACGACAAACUCUGUUUCAAAACAAGCAGUGAGCAAAUUAGGGAAAUCAGGAAUCAAACCAGCAUUGAAAUGUACCAAAAAGUCCCUUGCUGCUCCGUUCCUUCCUAAAUCAGCAUCUAAAUCUAUUUCAGACGAAUUAGCCAAGUCAUCUGCUCCAUCUGUUGCGAAAGCAGCAUCAAAAUCAAUCUCAAAUGAGGUAACCAAAUCCGCUGCUCCGUCUGUUGCAAAGGCAGCAUCAAAUUCAAUCUCAAAUGAGGUAACCAAAUCCGCUGCUCUGUCUGUUGCGAAGAUAGCAUCAAAAUCAAUCUCAAAUGAGGUAACUAAAUCCGCUGCUCCAUCUGUUGCGAAGGCUGCAUCAAAAUCAAUCUCAAAUGAGGUAACUAAAUCUGCUGCUCCAUCUAUUGCGAAGGCAGCAUCAAAAUCAAUUUCAAAUGAGGUAACCAAAUCCGCUGCUCCAUCUGUUGCGAAGGCAGCAUCAAAAUCAAUUUCAAAUGAGGUAACCAAAUCCGCUGCUCCAUCUGUUGCGAAGGCAGCAUCAAAAUCAAUCUCAAAUGAGGUAACCAAAUUCGCCGCUCCAUCUGUUGGGAAGGCAGCAUCAAAAUCAAUUUCAGGUGAAGUUACCAAAUCAGCUGUUCCAUCUGUUGCGAAGGCAGCAUCAAAAUCAAUUUCAAAAGAAGUUACCAAAUCAGCUGCUCCAUCUGUUGCAAAGGCAGCAUCAAAAUCAAUUUCAGGUGAAGUAACCAAAUCCGCCGCUCCAUCUGUUGCGAAGGCAGCAUCAAAAUCAAUUUCAGGUGAAGUCACCAAAUCCGCUGCUCCAUCUAUUGCGAAGACAGCAUCAAAAUCAAUUUCAAAUGAAGUUACCAAAUCCACUGCUCCAUCCGUUGCGAAGGCAGCAUCAAAAUCAAUUUCAAAUGAAGUCACCAAAUCCGCUGCUCCAUCUGUUGUGAAGGCAGCUCCAUCUAUUGCGAAGACAGCAUCAAAAUCAAUUUCAAAUGAAGUUACCAAAUCCACUGCUCCAUCCGUUGCGAAGGCAGCAUCAAAAUCAAUUUCAAAUGAAGUCACCAAAUCCGCUGCUCCAUCUGUUGUGAAGGCAGCAUCAAAAUCAAUUUCAGGUGAAGUUACCAAAUCCGCUGUUCCAUCUGUUGCGAAGGCAGCAUCAAAAUCAAUCUCAAAUGAAGUAACCAAAUCCGCUGCUCCAUCUAUUGCGAAGGCAGCAUCAAAAUCAAUCUCAAAUGAAUUAAGCAAAUCCGCUGCUCCGUCCAUUGCGAAGGCAGCAUCAAAAUCAAUCUCAAAUGAGGUAACCAAAUCCACUGCUCCGUCCGUUGUUAAGUCAGCAUCAAAAUCACUUUCAGGUGGAGUAGCCAAAUCCUCUGCUCCGUCCGUUGUUAAGUCAGCAUCAAAAUCACUUUCAGAUGGAGUAGCCAAAUCCGCUGCUCCGUCUGUUGCUAAAUCAGUUUCAAAAUCAAUUUCAAACGAAGCAGCCAAUUCAGCUGUUGCUAAACCAGCCCAAAAGGAAAUAGUCAAAAGAAUGCAUAGGUCUAUUAGAUCGUGUAAACGACCUAGUCUAGGUAAAUCUACAGGCAAAGCAGCUGAAAAUGCAACUGAAAACGCUGGAAAACUUUCAUCUGGUAUAACAAAGGGUGCUGUUGCCACUGCAGUUGUUAUCGAAGGUGUCUUUCUCACGAAGAAACUUUACGAUAUCGUGACUGAUGAGGAUAUGGAUGACGAGGAGAAACAGAGAAGUGCUACAAAGGAAAUAUCUUCCUCUGUAGUGGGCGUUCCCGCUGGAUUAUGUGGAAGUGUCGUUGGACAAGCUCUAAUUCCGGUUCCUUUCCUGGGGGCUGCAGUUGGGGGUAUUAUCGGAGGUAUGAUUGGUAAUGCUGUUGGAGGUGCGAUUGGGGAAGCAUCAAAAUCAAUCUCAAAUGAGGUAACCAAAUCCGCUGCUCCAUCUAUUGCGAAGAUAGCAUCAAAAUCAAUUUCAAAAGAAGUUACCAAAUCAGCUGCUCCAUCUGUUGCAAAGGCAGCAUCUAAAUCAAUUUCAGGUGAAGUCACCAAAUCCGCCGCUCCAUCUGUUGCGAAGGCAGCAUCAAAAUCAAUUUCAGGUGAAGUCACAAAAUCCGCUGCUCCAUCUAUUGCGAAGGCAGCAUCAAAAUCAAUUUCAAAAGAAGUUACCAAAUCCGCUGCUCCAUCCAUUGCGAAGGCAGCAUCAAAAUCAAUUUCAAAUGAAGUCACCAAAUCCGCUGCUCCAUCUGUUGUGAAGGCAGCAUCAAAAUCAAUUUCAGGUGAAGUUACCAAAUCCGCUGUUCCAUCUGUUGCGAAGGCAGCAUCAAAAUCAAUUUCAAAUGAAGUAACCAAAUCCGCUGUUCCAUCUGUUGCGAAGGCAGCAUCAAAAUCAAUUUCAAAAGAAGUAACCAAAUUCGCCGCUCCAUCUGUUGGGAAGGCAGCAUCAAAAUCAAUUUCAGGUGAAGUUACCAAAUCAGCUGUUCCAUCUGUUGUGAAGGCAGCAUCAAAAUCAAUUUCAAAAGAAGUUACCAAAUCAGCUGCUCAAUCUGUUGCAAAGGCAGCAUCUAAAUCAAUUUCAGGUGAAGUAACCAAAUCCGCCGCUCCAUCUGUUGCGAAGGCAGCAUCAAAAUCAAUUUCAGGUGAAGUCACCAAAUCCGCUGCUCCAUCUAUUGCGAAGAUAGCAUCAAAAUCAAUUUCAAAAGAAGUUACCAAAUCAGCUGCUCCAUCUGUUGCAAAGGCAGCAUCUAAAUCAAUUUCAGGUGAAGUCACCAAAUCCGCCGCUCCAUCUGUUGCGAAGGCAGCAUCAAAAUCAAUUUCAGGUGAAGUCACCAAAUCCGCUGCUCCAUCUAUUGCGAAGGCAGCAUCAAAAUCAAUUUCAAAAGAAGUUACCAAAUCCGCUGCUCCAUCCAUUGCGAAGGCAGCAUCAAAAUCAAUUUCAAAUGAAGUCACCAAAUCCGCUGCUCCAUCUGUUGUGAAGGCAGCAUCAAAAUCAAUUUCAGGUGAAGUUACCAAAUCCGCUGUUCCAUCUGUUGCGAAGGCAGCAUCAAAAUCAAUUUCAAAUGAAGUAACCAAAUCCGCUGUUCCAUCUGUUGCGAAGGCAGCAUCAAAAUCAAUUUCAAAAGAAGUAACCAAAUUCGCCGCUCCAUCUGUUGGGAAGGCAGCAUCAAAAUCAAUUUCAGGUGAAGUUACCAAAUCAGCUGUUCCAUCUGUUGCGAAGGCAGCAUCAAAAUCAAUUUCAAAAGAAGUUACCAAAUCAGCUGCUCCAUCUGUUGCAAAGGCAGCAUCUAAAUCAAUUUCAGGUGAAGUAACCAAAUCCGCCGCUCCAUCUGUUGCGAAGGCAGCAUCAAAAUCAAUUUCAGGUGAAGUCACCAAAUCCGCUGCUCCAUCUAUUGCGAAGACAGCAUCAAAAUCAAUUUCAAAUGAAGUUACCAAAUCCACUGCUCCAUCCGUUGCGAAGGCAGCAUCAAAAUCAAUUUCAAAUGAAGUCACCAAAUCCGCUGCUCCAUCUGUUGUGAAGGCAGCAUCAAAAUCAAUUUCAGGUGAAGUUACCAAAUCCGCUGUUCCAUCUGUUGCGAAGGCAGCAUCAAAAUCAAUCUCAAAUGAAGUAACCAAAUCCGCUGCUCCAUCUAUUGCGAAGGCAGCAUCAAAAUCAAUCUCAAAUGAAUUAAGCAAAUCCGCUGCUCCGUCCAUUGCGAAGGCAGCAUCAAAAUCAAUCUCAAAUGAGGUAACCAAAUCCACUGCUCCGUCCGUUGUUAAGUCAGCAUCAAAAUCACUUUCAGGUGGAGUAGCCAAAUCCUCUGCUCCGUCCGUUGUUAAGUCAGCAUCAAAAUCACUUUCAGAUGGAGUAGCCAAAUCCGCUGCUCCGUCUGUUGCUAAAUCAGUUUCAAAAUCAAUUUCAAACGAAGCAGCCAAUUCAGCUGUUGCUAAACCAGCCCAAAAGGAAAUAGUCAAAAGAAUGCAUAGGUCUAUUAGACCGUGUAAACGACCUAGUCUAGGUAAAUCUACAGGCAAAGCAGCUGAAAAUGCAACUGAAAACGCUGGAAAACUUUCAUCUGGUAUAACAAAGGGUGCUGUUGCCACUGCAGUUGUUAUCGAAGGUGUCUUUCUCACGAAGAAACUUUACGAUAUCGUGACUGAUGAGGAUAUGGAUGACGAGGAGAAACAGAGAAGUGCUACAAAGGAAAUAUCUUCCUCUGUAGUGGGCGUUCCCGCUGGAUUAUGUGGAAGUGUCGUUGGACAAGCUCUAAUUCCGGUUCCUUUCCUGGGGGCUGCAGUUGGGGGUAUUAUCGGAGGUAUGAUUGGUAAUGCUGUUGGAGGUGCGAUUGGGGAAGGAGUUUUUAGCAUUUUCAAAUAACUGUCGAUAUUAUCACCAAAAGAGUAAUAUAAGAGACGAUAUAUGUACUAGUCAUGUUUAUAAACUGCAUACUAGUAGUUGUCUAUAGUUGAUCAAUAAAGUGAUUAAUGGCAUUGGU